AUGUUGAGGCUGAGGGAGGGCAGCCCCUUCACCCCCAUCCCCUUUACCCCCCCCAAGCCCCUUCACCCCACCCAGCCCCUUCACCACCCCAUCCCCUUCAGCCCCAGAACUUAUGGUAAGAAGAGGAAGCCAGCAUGGACCGACCGCAUUCUGUGGCGCAUCAAACCCAAAUCCCCGCCCCCUGAGGAUGACGAGGAGGAGAGGGCGUCGACCUCCACACAGCACUCGGAUGACGGACAGGAGGAGUAUCCAAUCAAAGUGCUCCAGGACACCUACACCUGCGACCCCAACUACGGGGUCAGCGACCACAAACCUGUCAUAGGAAUCUUUAACCUGGAGAUGAGGAAGCGUUGUGACAGUGCGCUGGUCAGUGUGUGUCCAGAGGGUCAGUGGAGCGCUGACCAGGAUGCUGUGCUGUCCUACACAAUCCUUGAAGACUUCAUGUCCUCUACCUGGGACUGGUUAGGACUUUACAAGGUGGGUUUUAAGACUGCGUCGGAUUACGCUACCUUCGUCUGGGUCAAAGGUGAACUAGCAGAGGUCAACGAGGUCAUGCAGGUGUGUGUGAAUAAGGAUGACGUCCCACUAGUGGCAGGAGAGUAUGUUCUGAGCUACUACAGUUACAACAUGCAGAGCAUCGUAGGUUUCAGCCACAACUUCCAGAUUGUGGAGUCUAAGAGGGCUGUUAUGGAGGGGAUGGUUCCACAGGAUGUCAACGGGUUGAACAAAUAAACAUUAACACCUCAUUGGCCACACACACACACACACACACACACACACACACACACACACACACACACACACACACACACACACACACACACACACACACACACA